UAGGUCACGAUGCUCGUCAAGGAAUUUCGAGUCAUCCUACCACUCACAGUUGACGAGUACCAAGUGGCACAGCUGUACAGUGUUGCAGAAGCAAGUAAAAAUGAAACUGGAGGAGGGGAAGGUAUUGAGGUCCUUAAAAAUGAACCAUUUGACAACCACCCACUACUGGGGGAAAAGUACUGCAAAGGGCAGUAUACCUAUAAGAUCUACCACCUGAAAAGCAAAGUACCGUCCUUCAUCCGUCUCUUAGCACCAGAGGGCUCACUUGAGAUUCAUGAAGAAGCUUGGAAUGCUUACCCUUACUGUAGAACCAUCAUCUCGAACCCAGGCUACAUGAAGGAGGGAUUUUAUAUAACAAUAGAGACACUACAUGCACCUGAUGAUGGGGAGUUGGAGAAUGUGAGUGGCACAGCGCUUGAGUCAAGCAUGAUUUGGCUCCUCUUGUUGCUUGUGACCACAAUAAUACAGUAUUAGCAGGCUUGGAAUUUCAUAGCAACCACAGUGUGUCAUUGUCUUCUGCUUGGCUGUUAUGUGAUUUCCUGUUUAGGCUGUUGUAUCCUAUUAAUGAAUUUCCAGGCCUGCAGUAGUGCAGAUACACUUAAUGUUGCCCUCUUUCCAGGAAAGGAAUAUAUUCUGUUAACCAAUUUGGCUGAAUAAAUUUUAGUAUUCAAUGAUGUAAUUUUGAUGUCAUAUUGGUUCAUCAUUUUUUAGCAUGCAUCCUGUAAUCGGGUGGCUCCAAUGACAGCACUUACCUAACUGCAUGCAUUGGUUAUUAAAUCUUCAUCUUAUUAUGGCAGCUUGAAUUGAUUUAUUAAGCUCUGUAAGAUAAAAAUUCACCAACCUUCAUGGUCAUAACCAUUUUCCUUAAAUAAGGGAUAUCAGAAGCAAGAGUUACCCUCUAGAGUCUAGAGGCAGGUGUUUUAGAAUUGUGUUGGUCUAACCAGCACACACACACACACACACACACACACACACACAUACAUACAUACAGCCAGGCCUGCUGUCUUAUUCCAGGUCAAUCCAGUUCCUGGUUGACUGCUGUAGAGCUUAGACAUGCAAUUGGCCCUCUCUUAGCUAUUUCAACGAAAUACGAGUGUUAAGUUUCUUUGUAAUACUUCUAGAAUAUUUGGUAGGAACUACCACAGUUUUAGAUACCACGUAUGUAAUACCAUUCCUGUAUUAAGGUUAUCUUAUAAAGUUUAUUUACCUUUCAUACAAUACUUUCAUGAGUCUGGGUUAGCCUUAUCCUUCUCCUAGUAGUGGUUCUUUAGGAGCUUCCAUUGACCUUUCUGUCUCAUGUUACGUUUCUUAAAGAGAUUCAGAAUGAAGCCAUUUUCAGUUUCUUGAUUAAGAGAUGGCUUUUAGUCUAUUACUUUUACUUACUUUUAUCCUCUUUACUGAUUGGCUC